AGAAUGCCAAGUAAUUAAUACAGUCUAAAAAUGAAGUGUGGCACAACCCCCUUUUUUCCCUUUGUGUAGUUUUCAAACAAAGAGGCUGUCAUGAACCUACGUGCGUCCAAUUCCAAAACCAGUUUGUUAAAACAAAAUGACUUAGAGAUACUGGGUUGGCCAAUUUUUUAUAGGGUUGGAUCUAAAAUAAUUGGCACACUUGCUGUGUGCUGCUGUGCAUUUCAUGUUGUUGACCUUGUCUCCCUGAAGUCUGAAUAGCCAUCAUGUCAGUGACAAUGAUGUGUCUGAGGGAGUCCUGCAAUUAUUUUAAUAUUUUGCAUAAUACCAGUGGAAUUCAAUAAUUAGUUGUGAAGGUUCCGAUCCAAUUACUUCCUUCCCUAAACCAGGAAAAAUGGUGGAAGUUGGUGAUAAAUGUUGGUAGAUAGAAAAGAAAGUGUAACAUAAUUUGUGGUGUUCCAGUCACUUAUUAUUUUUUUCCCUUUCUCUCUUAUUUUACAGGGCAUGUUAUUGAGCCAUUCGUGAGGAAAUGUGGUGAAUGUAAACUUGCUCUGUUGGGGGGGAAAUUGUGCUGAGGCUCCCAUUAGCCCUUUUGGCCACAGCCUUGCGUGGGGAAUUCAUGUCGAGCUGAUUGCUUCCCAGGACCCCGGGUCUCAUAUUCAGUCUCUGCUUCGGAGGAUAGAGUCCUCUCUCUCCCUCUCAUCCUGAUUUUAGAUAAUGGGCUGUGUGCAAUGUAAGGAUAAAGAAGCAACAAAACUGACUGACGAGAGGGAUGGCAGUUUAACUCAAAGCUCAGGCUACCGCUAUGGGACAGAUCCUACUCCACAGCACUAUCCUAGCUUUGGUGUGACCUCAAUCCCAAACUACAACAACUUCCAUGCCACAGGAGGCCAAGGACUGACCGUGUUUGGUGGAGUCAACUCCUCCUCUCAUACAGGGACGCUGCGUACAAGAGGAGGAACAGGUGUAACUCUUUUUGUGGCGCUUUAUGACUAUGAAGCAAGAACAGAAGAUGACUUGAGUUUUCACAAAGGAGAAAAAUUCCAGAUACUUAACAGCUCGGAAGGAGACUGGUGGGAGGCCCGUUCCUUGACAACAGGCGAAACUGGUUACAUUCCCAGUAAUUAUGUGGCUCCAGUCGAUUCCAUCCAAGCAGAGGAGUGGUACUUUGGCAAGCUUGGCCGAAAAGAUGCCGAGAGGCAGCUGCUGUCGUUUGGAAACCCCAGAGGUACCUUCUUGAUCCGGGAAAGUGAAACUACCAAAGGUGCCUAUUCCCUGUCUAUCCGAGACUGGGAUGAUAUGAAAGGAGAUCAUGUCAAACAUUAUAAGAUUCGUAAACUUGACAAUGGUGGAUAUUAUAUCACAACUCGGGCACAAUUUGAAACUCUUCAGCAGCUGGUUCAGCAUUACUCAGAGAGAGCUGCAGGUCUUUGCUGCCGCUUAGUAGUCCCCUGUCAUAAAGGAAUGCCAAGGCUUACUGAUCUGUCUGUCAAAACCAAAGAUGUCUGGGAAAUUCCACGAGAAUCCCUACAGUUGAUCAAGAGACUGGGAAAUGGGCAGUUUGGGGAAGUAUGGAUGGGUACGUGGAAUGGAAAUACUAAAGUGGCUAUCAAGACCCUGAAGCCUGGCACCAUGUCUCCAGAAUCCUUCUUAGAGGAAGCCCAAAUCAUGAAGAAGCUAAAACAUGACAAAUUGGUCCAACUUUAUGCUGUGGUAUCUGAAGAGCCUAUCUAUAUUGUCACAGAGUACAUGAGUAAAGGGAGUUUGCUAGAUUUCCUAAAGGAUGGAGAAGGAAGAGCUUUGAAGUUACCGAAUUUGGUGGACAUGGCAGCCCAGGUGGCCGCGGGAAUGGCGUACAUUGAGCGGAUGAAUUACAUACACAGAGAUCUGCGGUCUGCAAACAUCUUGGUGGGCAACGGCCUAAUAUGCAAGAUUGCUGACUUUGGAUUGGCAAGACUGAUUGAAGACAAUGAAUAUACAGCCAGACAAGGUGCAAAAUUUCCCAUUAAAUGGACUGCACCAGAAGCGGCACUGUAUGGAAGGUUCACAAUAAAGUCAGAUGUGUGGUCUUUUGGGAUCCUACUGACAGAGCUGGUAACAAAAGGGAGAGUGCCAUACCCAGGCAUGAAUAACCGUGAAGUCUUGGAGCAAGUAGAACGAGGUUAUCGGAUGCCGUGUCCUCAGGACUGCCCCAUCUCCUUGCAUGAGCUUAUGAUUCACUGCUGGAAAAAAGACCCAGAGGAGCGUCCAACUUUUGAAUAUUUACAGGGUUUUCUUGAAGACUACUUCACUGCAACAGAACCCCAGUACCAGCCCGGUGACAACCUGUAAAUCCCUUGUUUCCAGACACUCAUGAAUUACCAGGUGUUUCUCAGCCCCGUCCCACCUGCUCUCCACCUUCCAGCUCUGUGACAGCUUCUCCAGAGUGCAACAUCUUCCAGCACUGCAGUGCACAGCAGGGGCUGAAGCUGGGAACUUCCACAGCCCUUGCCUAUGACCACUUGUCCUAAUAAUCUGAAUGUCCUGGAUGAAAAGGAGAAAAACACUUGUUUUUUCUUAAUCAGAGACUCCAAAACUGCAUUGUAUUGAUGUUAUGUAAACUGCAAAACCUCUGAUCAUUGUAAAUAGUAACUCAGUGCCAAUAACUGAUCCUAGUGCUUUCCUUUUUUUAAAAUGCAAAACUUAUGUGAUUUUAACUAGUCUUCUCCUGAUUCAACUAAAAGUAUUAUUUUCCAGAAGUGGCCUCUUUGUCUAAAACAUUUUUUUUUCAUGUUUUAACAAAUAAAAAAUCAGGACAGGUGUUUGGGUUUUUGCUUUUUUAUAUAUAAAAUAUAUAUAAUAUAUAUACAUACCUGUACAUACAGUAUAUGGGUGCUAUUGCAGAGGAGGCUCAUUUGGAAUUGAAUGAAUCCUGCUGCAGCUGUACCCAGAAAGCGAUAAUUUUACUGCAGACAUGAAAACACUGGUGGGAUUCUGAAAGCCAGUGAUCUAAUUUUUGGCUUUUGCCAAGCAUGAUUUUUUUAAAUUGGAUUGCACUUUUUGUUUAUGAUUAUGUACCUGUAGAUGGUUGUAACUUUGCUCUUUCAGGAAUCACGUGCUGUAUUUACAGUAAUGUUUCCAAUGUUUGAGAAGUGUGUGAUGAUUUGUUCUUGAAAUUUAAACCAACAUAUUUAAAGCAAGAAAACUACACCAUCACCGUUUGAACUGGAAAAUUGAAACUGCAAGGACUUCUUGUAUCAAAACACGUAUACUGAAAUGUUUCAAAAAGAUUUAUUAAGCAGUGUAACCACAUUCAGAUGGUCUUAAAAUAAUAGCAUUUUAGCCAUGUCCCCCUGCUAAACUGUUGGUCAUGCAACUAGGAUUUUUCUGUUUUAUGUGUAACAUUUUUCCAUUGUAAAAUAAGUGUGUUAAGUGUCAUGUACUGCUAAUGAAAUUACUUUCUCUGUGUCUGCAAGUUCUCCAGUGGAAUUACUAUGCACUUCUUUACAUUUCAUGGGGGAUGCACAGAACAAAGUAUUACCUUUUCAGUUGUCUGUACCAGCCUUGAAUUACUUACGUUUAACCAAAAAACACAAAAAAAUUCCUUUCUAUUUCUAUUGAGUUUUUAAUACUGAGUUGCAAAUUUUAAAGUCUUAAUUACAUUUUGUUAUGGUUUAUUCGCAAGUUUACAUUUUAAAACUGUUUAACUUUCUUAAUUUAGUAAUUAAAAAAAAAGAGCAUUUUACAUUUGGAUAGUUGUUUUUUUGUUUAAACUGUGGAGCUAAUGGUGGACAUGAGAUUAAAAACUUUUCAAGAAGGGGUGUCAUGCCAUUUGGAGCAUCAUAUUUCAUAGGAGUAUGCAGACCAGUUACCUAUGGGACAUCAUUUUCCAAAUUAUGAAGUCAAUAUGUUUUUAAGUAGCUGGAGUUCAACUGUAAGGAAGAUGGCUGAAUGCAUAGCUAGUGUCUCAUUUCUCUCUUCUACAGCAGUUUGUUCUUUAUUAGUUCUGUUGCAUUUAACAUGCAUACUUUUACAUUUACAAGUGUUGCAGGAAAAGCUUUUCUAUGUCUUGUAUUGCUGUUACUGCUUUAAAAGAUUGCGGCCAAGUAAGACUUCCUGACAGUUGAGACUUUUUUUUUAUUUAAUUAUUUAGUACUUAGAUAGUGAAUUCAUAUUCUGAAGAUUCACACA